AGUUAAAGACGUAAGGCCCCUAAAGAUCAAUGGGGCAGGUGGAGGUAAUUACUAAAAUGUGAAAGAAAAAAAAAAUCUCUAGAGAGUAAUGUGAAUUGUCACACACACACACAAACUAAUGCAAACAGUGCUCAUGGGAUCAUUUAGGUUAUUCCAAUAAAAGGAAAUUGGAUCCUGAUUACAGAUUGAUGUCACUGUGCAUUAACCCGAGGUGUUAUAUCACUUUAUUUUUUAAAAAGAUACCAAAAACGAACAGAAACAUUUUUUAAAUAAGAAAAUUCUUUAUAUUUAUAAAUGUUUUACAGAUUAUAUAUAUCAUCUGACUUUCUGACUGCUUAAAGCUUUCAGCACAGAUUCAUUCGAAUUAUUUAUUCCAGUAUAACCUGUGACCUGUGACCCCUGUUCUCUAUCCGGUUCCUUCCCAUUACAAAUACAAAUACAGAGGUGUUGAUAUAGGUCAAACAUGUUACAGUGUUCAUGAAUAUUUUACAGCCUGGUUGAGGUCAGCAGCAGUUAAGGAGCUAUAAAAAGGGCGAUUCUGAAUACAGCAACAAUCCCUAAACUCUCCACACUGCCACCCACUGAAGAAAGCGACUCCUGCGGUCUUUGUUUUCAGCACCAUGGUCAGUGCAAGAACCCUCCUUUUUGUGGUCACCUGCUGCUGUGCGUACCUGUGGCUGGUGAACUCUGAAGACUCCUCAUCACUAGAGACACGCUCGUUAGAUUUUGCCAUCAAAAACCAACAGGAAAAAGAUCUGAUUGAUGCGUUACAAGAAGUACUGGAGAAACUGAGAAGCAAAGAGAUGCCUUCAGAGAAAAAGCAUGGCUGGCUGCCUUCAUGCGAUGCAGGGGAACCAUGUGCCCUGCGUAAAGGUGCACGUAUCGGCACACUCUGCAGCUGCCCUCGUGGGACAUCCUGUAAUUUUUAUGUCCUAAAAUGUUUGUGAAAGAAGAAAUGAAAGUUAAAAACCCACAGAAGGUAAAUGGCCACGUGUUUAAGGGUUUGAAAUGACAAGAAUUGUGUUUCAUGGCAGGUAGACUGACACUGUUUCCACUCUUUUUGUGAUUAAAUGUAAAAAAAUAUGUGAUGUGAUAUGUUAUCUUUCAUUUUUUUAUUAACCUUAGCAAAGAUGUCUUCACUGUUGUUUUGAACAUAUUUACUGCUGUGUGUGUG